AACGAUAUCAGGAAACAAGUGAAAACUACGCCCAUGCGCACCAGCUGAUUCAGAACCUUUCCCAUCGGUAAACGGAUUGUCUCUCGACUAAAAUCCAAAUCGCAACGGAAAUCGUAAUCAAUAGAAAAAGACUGUAAUUGAGGAAAACCAACCCCCCGCUAAUCGCGGGAGCAGUUACGAAGCAACGAAGCGAUACCAAAGCAGAAAGAAGGAGAGUGGCCGCAGAAGAGGAAGAGGGAAGAGUACACCCCCACAAACACAAAAACAACGCACGGGAAAAUGUUACAGCUUCCCCGCCCAUCGCGGUCCACGCUGCAAUGUGGCCUGGCCGCCCUGGUUACAGUCUUGCUAAUGGCCUGGGUUCGUCCGCUUGGAGUGCUGUUCCUUGGCCUUUUCAGCUACUGGCUGUAUUGGACGCGCUGCAGUUUCCGCAUCGUUCUCACGCCCGAGGUGCGCAGCAAGUUUGAGAGUUUGGGACGGAGGGCCGACGACUGGCGCAGGAACAGCCCGAGCAUGUUCUGCGUGGUGAGCACUGGCUGUUUAGCCACCUUGGCCGUACUGGGCCACAUAAUAUCUGGGUCCACGGUGGUGCUUACUCUCCUGGUGCUGUCCGCACUGGUAUCCACCAAGUAUAACUUUAAGCUGCUGAAGAUUGAGCACAAGGUGCAAGAUUUCCAGUGGUCAGAGAAGCUGAACUACAACAACCUGGAGGCGGAGGUGGAGGACGAGUUCCUGCCCGAUGUCAAUGAGUCGAAUCUGUUCGUCCUGGAGCGGGCAAGCGAUGUGGCCACCAUCAGCUCACCCACCGAUGCCGAGGAGGAGGACGAGCGCAGCGACGACAUACCUUCGGAGCUGCUCAUACCAGACGUGAUACCCGAGAUUGAUGAGCACUCCACGGACGAGGACGAUGAGCUGGCCCCCCUCUCCCAGCAGAGGCGGGAGGUGGCUGCCGUCUCCUCUCUGGAAGCGAACCCCAAACGGGGCCAGCAGGAUGUCAGCUCCUCCUCAGACAUGGACUUCCGCAAGGGCCACUUCAAGCGCGACUCUUCGCUGUCCACCACCUCGUCCUCGUCGGAGGAGAGCCUCUCCAAGGGCCUGCAGUUCCCUGAUCACACGACCGUCGAUGCCGUCGGCGGGCCCCAACUGCGGCAAAUCACUUCCGGGCCCGCACACCAGAUCUCUGAUCCGGCCAGCGAGCUGGUGGCUAUGGCCGUUAAGAGCCAGGCACAGGCGCUACUGGCCAACAGUGGCAAGCUGCUGCCUAGCCUUGUCUCCGGCCUGGUGCAGUGGGGUGCGGGUGCCAACAACGCUGUGGAUGCCGCUGAUGGUGGGUCUCAGCAGCAGCAGCAGCAGCAGCGGCGCAUAGUCACCGCCCUGGACUCGUCCGACGAGAGUGAUUUUGAGAUACUCGAAACGGAUGACUUUAAGUAAUUAUCGGUUCCGGCUCUAGCUCCAGUUCCAGCUUCAGCUCCGAUUUGCCGUAUUAUAAAGCUAUUACAGUACAGUAACUACAUGCAUAUACUAUAACACACACGACACACACACACACACUAACAGAAAACGGGACGGACGGAGAUAAACACAGACACACACACACACAGAUGGAGAAGAUAAUAUCCCUGGUGGAGAUUGGCAUGCCAUAUUUCUUACUGCAGAUCUGAUCUGGUCAUAUAUUUUGCUACUGCUAUAUACUACUUACUUUACACCCAAAUGCAUGCAUAUGUACAGACGAGUAUAUUUGUGUGUGUGUGUGUGUAUUUGUAUGCCUAAUUAAGUUUUAAUGUUUUCAGUGAUCGGAACAGAAAGGAUUUUGUUUCGAAUUUUUGAUUCAAACUGACUUUCGAUAGGUCUUUCAAAUGUGACCCUUAGCCGUUAAAUAAUUUGUCUUUGUUUUAUUUCGACGGCCAUUUACAUUUACAUUUUUUUUUUUUCGUAUUUAGUUGUGCGCUUAUUUUUUAUGUCUAUGAUUUAUCCUAUUAUACUUUAUGUUUAGUUUG